AUGGACUUUGAAGAACGCCCAAAUAGUGAGAUCGCCAUCAUCACAUUCCUCCCUGGUGAGACGGAAAAGCCUUGUAUCCUUGAGCUGCUGGAGGAUGUACUGUAUGAGGAGGUAGAGGAGCUCCGCCUGGUUCUCGGCACUCCACAAAGCAACUCUCCCUUUGGGGCUACAGUUGGUGAACAAAAUGAAACUCUGAUAAGGAUCCGAGAUGAUGCUGAUAAGACAAUUAUUAAAUUUGGAGAAACCAAAUUUAGCGUCAGUGAACCCAGAGAACCAGGACAGUCGGUGGUUAGAAAAAUUCCCGUGAUUCGCCAAGGAGACACCUCAAAGGUUUCCAUCGUGAGAGUCCACACCAAGGAUGGCUCAGCCACUUCUGGAGAAGACUAUCACCCUGUGUCGGAAGAAAUUGAAUUUAAGGAGGGAGAAACCCAGCACGUUGUUGAAACUGAAGUAAUGUUUGAUGGGAUAAGAGAGAUGAGAGAGUCCUUCACUGUUCACCUAAAACCCGAUGAAAAUAUGAUAGCAGAGACACAGAUGACCAAAGCCAUUGUGUAUAUAGAAGAAAUGAACAGCAUGGCAGAUGUCACUUCUCCUUCUGUCCCUCAAAUUGUGUCCUUACUGAUGUAUGAUGACACUUCCAGAGCUAAAGAGAGUGCUGGACCUGUGUCUGGCUAUCCUGUCGUCUGUAUCACAGCUUGCAACCCUAAAUAUUCAGACUAUGACAAAACAGGCUCUAUUUGUGCAAGUGAGAACAUCAAUGACACAUCGACGCGGUACCGAUGGCUGAUUAGUGCACCCGCUGGCCCUGAUGGUGUGACCAGCCCCAUGAGAGAAGUGGACUUUGACACCUUUUUUACGUCAUCCAAGAUGAUCACUUUAGACUCCAUAUACUUUCAGCCUGGCUCCAGGGUGCAGUGUGUGGCUCGUGCCGUGAAUGCCAAUGGCAAUGAGGGCCUGGAGCUGAUGAGUCCUAUUGUAACCAUUGGCAAAGAAGAAGGUCUUUGUCAGCCCCGGGUGCCAGGGAUAGUGGGAGCAGAGCCAUUCUCAGCUAAAUUGCGCUACACGGGCCCCGAGGACCCAGACUACGCAAACCUUAUCAAGCUCACUGUCACGAUGCCACACAUAGACGGCAUGCUCCCUGUGAUCUCCACCAAAGAGCUUUCCAACUUUGAGCUCACCCUCAGGCCCGAUGGCACGAGGGUUGGAAACCACAAGUGCUCCAACCUCCUGGAUUAUACUGAAGUGAAGACCCACCACGGUUUCUUGACUGAUGCUACAAAAAAUCCAGAAAUAGUUGGAGAGAUGUAUCCUUACCAGUACAGCUCAUCUAUCAGAGGUUCCAAUACCUUACGCUUCUACCGAAACCUGAACUUAGAGGCCUGCUUAUGGGAGUUUGUUAGCUGCUAUGACAUGUCGGAACUUCUUACUGACUGUGGAGGCACCAUUGGAACAGAUGGGCAGGUCCUAAAUUUAGUGCAGUCCUAUGUGACUCUUCGAGUCCCUCUGUACGUUUCCUACGUGUUCCAUUCCCCCGUUGGGGUAGGAGGCUGGCAGCAUUUUGACUUGAAGUCAGAGCUGCGUCUCACGUUUGUGUAUGACACUGCCAUCUUGUGGAAUGAUGGAAUUGGCAGCCCACCGGAAGCCGAACUCCAAGGUUCUCUCUAUCCAACCGGCAUGCGCAUCGGGGAAGAGGGGCGCUCAGUCGUGAACUUCAAGACGGAGGCUCAAUUCCAUGGCUUGUUUGUGCUCUCACAUCCCGGUAAGCCCCGUUAUCCAUUGAUAGCCACUCCCCAUACAACAACAAUAUACUUUUUCCAUAUUCACACAUGCUUCAGCAUGCUUCCCUAUGAGCGUAGAAGCCCUUAAUUUUAAAUGAAUUGU